UCAUGAAAGUUUAAUUAGAUGUGGUAUCCCUGAUCAAACGUGUUGCCAACUUUUUCUGAUGACGAUUUUGAAUUUUCGACAAGGAUGAAGUGCGCGGCAAAUCGCGACAUAAAAGACAAGACAAUGCUUUUGAUUUUAACAACCUAAGAUAUUUACAAUAAAUGUAAGAUUUUUAUACAAAAUGAGCUAUAAUAUACAGUAGAUAGUAGUAAUAAAUUGUCAUAUACAACUUGUGUAGUGAUCAGUGCUAGUGACGUUUCUAAAAAAAUCUUAGGUUAUAUUUCGUUUUUGUAAGUAUUUUUGUGAGUUAGAUGGAUUUAGCAGCUGCUCAGGAAGUCACAGAGCUGCUAAAACAAUGGGAGGAGCAGCACACGUCGCCUCUUUACGAUCCAAUACAAACUUUGACCAGGAUAGCAGAAAUAAUAGAAACAGAAACAGAGAAUUUUAUGAAGAAGGAUCCAGACCCAUUUGACGAGAGGCACCCAUCUCGAACAGACCCAGAAUGUGCAUUAGGACAUGCACUCAAAGUCAUGUUCAAAAAAGACAACUUUAUGACUAAGUUAGUGAAUGAUUACGUGCGCGAUACAUACUACUCCCGUCAGAAUAUCACCGGCCGAGAUGUCCUUAAGUUGAACAUAGCCGCCUGCCGGCUCACGCUUGACCUGAUGCCAGGCCUCGAGAUGAGCGUCGUCUUCCAGGACAAUGAAGCACUAAUUCAUCGACUAGUUAAUUGGGCGAGUAACUCUCCCGAGCCGCUGCAGAGUUAUGCAACUGGACUGCUGGCUGCGGCUAUGGAGGUGCAGGAAAUAGCCACAAAUUUUAGGGAUCUGAAUGCAAUGUUAGUACCACUAAUGCUAAGGAGGCUACACGGACUGAGAAACAAACGACAAGAAGAUAAGACAAAUCAAAAUUCAGUAACGCCGCCUAACCAGACGAGGCACUUCGCGAGAUUCGACAAGAAACGGAAUAAUGACCUCAAGUGCAACGGACCCACGGUCGAUAGUAAAGAACAUGAAACGGAGGACAGUGGAGGCGGGUGCGAGAUGGUAGUGGACGAGACUCCACCAGCCACCACUCCUACGCCCAGAGACCCAGAAACACCAGUCAAGACCUACAACCACAGUAUGACGGCGUCCCCCCCGGAGCCCCCCUCGGGGAUGAUGUCGCCCCCCCCGCGGCCGCCGCCCCCCGCCGCCGAGCCCCCGCCCCCACACGACUCCUCUAACUCCAGCUGGCUCGAGAUGGAGACAUAUGUUAUCGGCAACAUACAAAUCCAUCCACCGACGAGCGCCACGAAGCAGAUGUUAAUACUGCGGUACCUGACGCCUAUGGGCGAAUACCAAGAGUUCCUAUCGCACGUGUUCGAACAGAACGCACUGGGACUGAUACUAGGGUAUCUGAACGUGCGCGAGUCGAGGGACUCGCGGCUGGCGUUCGAGGCGCUCAAGUACCUCGCCGCAUUGCUCUGCCACAAGAAAUUCUCCAUAGACUUCAUCAACAUGGGUGGACUGCAGAAGUUCCUGGAGGUGCCCCGUCCGUCGGUGGCUGCUACGGGCGUGUCUAUCUGUCUGUACUACCUGGCCUACUGCGAGGACGCUAUGGAGAGGGUGUGUCUACUACCGCGGAGGACUCUCGCAGACCUAGUCAUGUAUGCCCUAUGGCUGCUGGAGUGCUCCCAUGACUCCGGCCGGUGCCACGCGACCAUGUUCUUCGGGCUGUCCUUCCAGUUCAGAGUUAUACUCGAAGAGUUCGAUAACCAGGAUGGCCUGCGGAAGCUGUACAACUUGGUGUCGAUGCUGCCGAUCCUGGGCGGCCAGGAUGACGAGGUGCCAGUCUCCGAAGAUGCGACCUGCGCCGCCAGACAAAUCGUUAGACAUGUGGCUGUCGCACUCAAACGAUAUUCAGAAGCACAUUUGAGAUUACGAGCGGCGCAAGUUGCUCGGCAACAAGGGGACAACGUGCCUGAACCGCCUUCAUACAAGGCAUCCAAGUCAUCCCCCGAAGAGAUACAAGAGCAAAUCGAGUUGCUGCAGAGCGUGGCGUGGUCGCGGUGGGCGCCCGUGGACGAGCUCAUGGAGCUCGGCGGCAUCUCGCUGCUGCUGCAGGUCGUCGGGCUCGCCUACGAGUGGAACUUCAACGGCAGGUCGGAGACGGUCCGGUCAGCGCUGGACGUGGUGUCGGUGUGCUGCGUGGCGCCGCGCGCGCAGCUUCUACUCACUGAGAAGCUGGACAUGAGGGAUGCUGAGCUCACCACCGGCGUCAAUAUCGUCCUAGGCGCGGCGGACGGCGAGAUCGUGCCGGAACCGGAAGUGCAGAAGGCGGCGCUCAAUGUGCUCGUCAACUGCGUAUGCGCACCGGUGCAUAGGGCCGGUACGUCGACGAGUCGCUUCUCUCUGGGCGGCGGACGGAAGCGGACCGUUCUCAAGUCGUACGAGGACGUCAUACAGAAGGUUUGGGAGAGUGUGCGCACCAACAAUGGUAUCAUGGUGCUGUUGUCGCUUAUGAUGGUGAAGUCUCCAAUCACGGACGCUGACCGCCUACGUGGGCUCGCGUGCCGAGCGUUGGCAGGCCUCGCGCGCUGUCCGACUGUAAGGCAGAUCAUCUCCAAGCUACCAUUAUUCACCACAUCGCAAAUACAAGUUUUGAUGCGCGACCCCAUCCUGCAAGAGAAGCGUCAGGAGCACGUCAUGUUCCAGAAGUACGCCCUCGAACUACUCGAGCGCGUGUCCGGUAAGAGCAAACAUCGUGGUGCGGAGUUCGAGACAUCCCUAGCGAAUAUACACAGGGCGAACGUGGUGGCGCAGACGCGCAUCAACUACAACGAGCGGCAGCUGCUGCAGCUGGUGGGGGAGCACCUGGCCAGCCGCGGACUGCUGGAGAGCGCCACCACCCUGCAGCGGGAGGCCGGCCUGCCGCCCGCAGCCGCGCCGCCCCCGCCCCCGCCCCCGCCCCCCGUGUACUCGCCCGCCGCCCCGCCCCGGCCGCGGCUGAUGUCCCGCACCAGUAGCGGUGGUUCGAUGCACCGCGAUGCAGCCGACCUCAGCUAUCACCAGCUCGCUCACAACGCCCACAACUCUCACACCGCUCACAACAACUCGCACUCGGAGGACAGUCCAAUACCACAUGUUAUUAAAAUAAGGAAGAUGACGUCCCACUCCCCGCUGGUGUGCUCCCCGGGCGGCGGCGGUGGUGGCGGUGGUGGCGGUGGUGGCGGUGGUGAGCGUCGGUCGCUGCAGAAGCAGCUGUCGGUGGCGGGCGGGGAGGCGGUGGCGGCGGCGCCGCGCGUGUCGCUGCACUCCAUCAUCACCGAGUACCUCUACAACCAGCACGCGCUCUGCAAGAACCCCGUCGUCACCUGCCCGCAGUUCAACCUCUUUCAGCCACAUAAGUGUCCAGAGCCACGCGGCGGGGCGGAAGCGAACGUGUGCGCGCGCGUGGUCCGCCGCGAGAUGGGCGCGUGGGGGGGCGGAGGGGGCGGCGGGGGAGGGGGAGGCGGGGCGGCGGGGGGCGGCCGCGCCAACGCUCGCUUCGUACACGGACACUUCGCGCCCGCACGCACCCUGCGUCUACAGGACGACGAGGCUUACUUCACGCACACUAUAUUCCACCCGACACAGCAGCAGCUGUUGGCGGCGACGUCGUCGGGCGACAUCCGAGUGUUCAACCUGUUCACCGGCGCUGAGGAGAACUCCUACCAAGUGCACGAGUCAUACAUAUGUCACAUGCAGGCAAGCAGAGACGGGCUGUUGCUACUAGCAUCUACUCCCACGACCUGGCGGCCGUUCUCAGCAUUAUGGAGUAUGAAGGACUUCGAACAGCUAUUCCAAUUAGAAAAUGAAGAGUACGUGGAAUUCUCCAAGGUAUCUGAUGAUAGGAUUAUAGGCACCAAAGGUGAGACGGCGACCAUUUUCGACACGUUGACUGGCCGCGAGCUGAUGACCCUGACGCCGUCCAUUAGCAACCAGUACGCGAAGAACCGCGCCACCUUCAACCCGACAGACGAGCUGGUGCUCUCAGAUGGGGUGCUAUGGGACGUAAACACAGGCAAGGAAAUCCACAAGUUCGACAAACUGAAUCAAACCCACAGCGGGGUAUUUCAUCCCAACGGGCUGGAGGUAAUAUCAAAUACAGAAGUGUGGGAUCUACGAACGUUUCAUCUGCUGAGGACCGUCCCAACGCUGGACAAGUCAGAGGUGACGUUCAACCCAACGCACACGGUGCUGUACGCGCUGUGCUCGGACCGAGACGCGGAGGAGCGCAGCCAGUUCGACACCAGCUUUAAGACACUCGAUGCCUUCGACUACUCCAGCAUUGCGACAAUAGAAGUGAAGCGCAACAUAUACUCACUGGGCGUGUCCCGGUGGGGCACGCAGAUAGCAUUAGUGGAGAACGUUGGCGACAUCGACCAGGUGCAGGAGUCGUGCGUGAAGGUGUACGACGUGGGCCGCAAGCGGGACCACGACGACGACGCGGAAGAAGAUGAAGAAGAGGAACUGGCCGGCGGCUCCGAGAACGACGACGGGUCAGACUCGGGCUCGGACAACGACGACGACCUCGCAGCAAGUCUGCUACGUAACGCGGUGAUGGGUCUGGCGGAAGGAGGCAGUUCUGGGGAGUCCUCCCGGGACACCGACCACGCUCCCCCGCAGCAGCAGCACCAGCACCAGCCGGCACGCGCCCGCACCAGGCGGCGGCGACUGCGCGCCCGCAGAAGGGCAGCGGAGGCGGCACACAGCAGCGACAGUGACGGCGACAUAGACAUCGAUCUGAUACAGUUUGAACUCGACUGAGACGCGAGCGACGCG